AUGGCUUCCGAUCCCAACCUCUACGGAAUCCGCAAGCCCAAAGCGCAAGUCAAAGAGCUCUCCUCCAGCACCUCGCUCGCCUUCUCCUCGACCCUCUCCUCCCUGCUCACAACAUCGAACCCCCCUUCGCGCACAACAGUAGGCCGACCGCGACCUUCGAAAACGAAAUCAGAUAUCUUCACUUCGCAUAAUAAGAAUGCGAAGAAGCGUGCAGCUCGAGACCUCGAGGAGGAUGAGGAUUCUAGGGGGUUGGUAGGGAGACAGGAUAUCGGCGUCGUGGACGAGAAUAUCCUGCACCGCUCGAAGCGGAAGAUGGAAGAGAAAGCCAAGAUCUACGCGCGUUUGAAGAAGGGCGAGGGAGUCGACGAAGAGAAUCUUGUAGACUUUGACCGAAAAUGGGCGGAGAAAGCGGCCAAGGGAGAAGCGGACGAGGAAUCGAGUGAUGUUGAGAGUGACGAUGGGCGAGGUGAGAUGGUGGAGUUUGAGGACGAGUAUGGACGCACGAUGAAGGGGAGUAGAGCAGAGGCGGAGAGGAUGGAGAGGAGAAAGAGGAAUAAAGUUGUGGGGCAAGAGGAGUUGGAUCGUAUGAGUGCGAGACCUGCGAUGCCGAGUAAGCUGAUUUAUGGGGAUACGGUGCAGAGUCUUGCGUUCCAGCCCAAGGAGGAGACGAUGGGCAAGAUGGAGGAGUUGGCGAAGAAGAGGGAUCGAAGUCUGACGCCGCCGGAGAUGAGGCAUUAUGAUGCGAGUGCGGAGAUUAGGAGUAAGGGGGUUGGGUUUUAUAGCUUCUCGAAGGAUGAGGGGAUGAGGGGGAGGGAGAUGGAGGCGCUUGAGAGAGAGAGGGUAGAGACUGAGAAGGUUAGGAUGGAGAAAGAGGAAAAGAAGGAAGCCAGGAGGAAGGAGAUUGAAGAGAGGAGGAGAGCUAUUGGCGAGAAGAGAGCGAUGAAGCAAGCAGCUAGUUUCUUGGAUGGACUA